UGUAAACCCAAUCAGAACACAUACAACUCUCUAGUGGAUUGGUAUUGUAAACUAAACCGUCGGGAGGAGGCGAGUAGUUUCGUUUCCAACCUAUGCAAUCUCGACCCACAUGUAACUAAGGACGAGGAAUCUAGGUUGCUAGAGCGUCUAACCAAGAAAUGGUCUUAGCAAAGAAUGCAGCAGGGCAUGGCAUAAUUCAGCUUGCUCAGGAUCGAUCGGCUGCUCAGUCUGACUCGGUUACAAGUAUUGGUUCUAGAAAUAGUAUUAAUACGAAUAUUCAUAUUCGGAACAGCUCGAGGCCCGGGUUAAGCGGGGAUUCCAGAUUGCCAGGAGCUGUUUUACUUGCUAGAGAAAGGCUUCUGGAGAGAUUGAGAAGUGCCUCUUUACCGACAAACAGGAAUGGUCUUACUGAAGCAUCAGAUGGGAAUCCAGAAAUCUCGACAAGUCAAUCGCAAAGGAUCUCCCUCGUCGAUGCUGACAGGCUGCAUUAGUUCCUGAACUCAGCAAGAGGCCCCCUGGUCUCUCACAGGAGGCAGUCGACCGCUUACAACUUGAGGUUUUUAUGAAUACAGAGCAUAUCAUUGACGAUGACCCGACAACGAUAACGUCAACAGAUUGUAGUAUAUGUCUAUAGAGUUUCACAGACGGAGACAAACUCAUCCAUCUGCCCUGUGAACACAAAUUUCACCAUGCUUGCUAGGACCAAUGGGUUUGAAGUUGUGGAGAUUGUCCAUAUUGUCGACAACGUAUCGAUGUAAACUAAUAUUUUCUAAAGAGUUCGAAAUCUCAACUUGGGAUUUGCAGUAUGUAGAAAGCUUAGAGACUUCAGUUAACAACCAAGUUGUAUUAAUUUUUAUAGUUGAAGUCCAUAUUUGUAUCCUUCUGAGUUCUGAAUUGUGUUGGGACACCAACUUGUGUGGCAGUUUUAAAAGCCAAGAAUGUGUGAAGGAUAUUAUUUUCUUGGUUUUAA